AUGCAGCUCAUGGAGAAAGGAGAUGCGGAAAAUCAAACAGAUUUCACAGAAUUCAUCCUCCUGGGGUUUGGAGAUCUCCCAGAACUGCAGAUCCUUCUCUUCCUGGUUUUCCUAGUGAUCUACAUUGUAACCAUGGCCGGGAACAUCCUCAUCAUUGCUCUAGUUGUGGCUGAUCAGCACCUUCACACCCCCAUGUACUUCUUCCUGGGGAACUUGUCCUGCCUGGAGACCUGCUACACUUCUGCCCUCCUGCCCAGGAUGCUGGCCAGUCUCCUGACUGGAGACAGAACCAUUUCUGUGGGGGGCUGCAUGACACAGUUUUUUUUCUUUUGUUUUCUAGCAACUACGGAAUGUUAUCUCCUGGCAGCGAUGUCUUAUGACCGGUAUUUAGCCAUAUGCAAACCACUGCACUAUGGAACAUGUAUGAAUGGCAAGUUGUGCCUCCAAAUAGCAGCUGGGUGUUGGAUAAGUGGAUUUCUACCUUGUAUAAUAAUGAUGUGUGUUAUGUCACAAUUAAUUUUCUGUGGCCCCAAUGAAAUGGACCAUUUCUUUUGUGAUCUCACACCAAUUUUAAUGCUCUCCUGCAGCGACACCAACCAGAUGAUGCUGGUUUUUUAUAUAUUUUUCUUCCCAGAUGCAAUUUCCCCAUUUCUAUUAACCUUGACAUCCUAUGUCUGUAUUGUUAGCACCAUCCUGAGAAUUCCUUCCACCACUGGGAGGCAAAAGGCCUUUUCCACUUGCUCCUCUCACCUCAUUGUGGUAACACUUUUCUAUGGGACCAUAAUGAUUGUCUAUAUGCUACCGAAAUCCAGCAACCUGAAAGCCCUGAACAAAGUGUUCUCUGUCUGCUACACAGUCCUGACUCCCCUGGCCAAUCCCCUCAUCUACAGCCUGAGAAACAGAGAGGUCAAGGAGGCCCUGAGAAAAGCUGUCAGAAAAUGUCUGGCUCUCCCAAAGAAUUUAGAAUAG